AUGUUUUACAAGUGUCUGCCCCUCGACACUCCGGACCUCCAAUUCGCGUAUUGCCCUUCCAUGGGCGCGUCGAUUUUGUUUGCCAUACUUUUUGGUCUGACGUUGUUCGGGCAUUGCUUGCAAGCGGUACACUACCGUGCCUUUUACACAUGGGUGCUCAUCAUGAGUGCCAUCUGGCAGACACUUGCGUUCAUCAUUCGCUGCAUUGGCAUCAUGAAUCCCACUAACGAAGCCAUCAACAAUGUCACCUACUGUCUGGUUCUUCUAGCACCACUUUGGAUCAACGCCUUCUGCUUCAUGGUCAUGGCCCGUCUGGUGCACAUGUUCCUGCCGCAUCACCGCAUCUUCCGCGUGAAGGGCUCAUGGCUAGCCGCUCUCUUCGUAUUUCUCGACAUACUUGCGUUCGUUGUACAGCUUCUCGGGGCCCUCAAAGCCACCAAUAAGGACGAUAGGUCUGUUGUGCAGCAGGGCCGUGACAUCUACACAAUCGGCGUCGUUUUACAACAGGUCUUCAUCUGUCUUUUCAUCCUUCUCACUACAGCGUUCCUGCGCAACCUGCGCGUCCGCAGCACCAAGCCCGACGCCAAAGGCGCGCGCACCCUAACUCUACUACUCCUUGGCGUGCUUUUUCUGAUCACGGUCCGCGUCAUCUACCGCAUUGUAGAGUUUUCGGGCAAGUCUGGCAAUGCUGUCACGAAGGAGCUCACGACGCAUGAGGGCUGGCAGUACGGCCUCGACACGCUGCCCAUGUUCCUAGCCACUGUUGUCUUCCAUGUCUACCACCCAGGCCGUGUGCUGCAGGGGCCUGACUCAUCGUUCCCAUCUCGCCGCGAGAAGAAGAGGCAGAAGUCGCUCUUUGAGGCUGACAAGAGAGCGAACUCGGAAUCUGAGUAUACCUUGGUUACGAUCGUUUGA